AUGGCUGGGAUGGUGGCCGACAGCGGCGGCGCCGGCCCACGGCCGCUGGUCCGGAUGGCCCAGGCUGACCCGUCGGUGUUUCCGUGCGUCCGCACGGCGCCGGAGGCCGUGGACGGCGUCGCCGGCGCGCUCCUGUCCGGGGAGCACAACUGCUACCACACCUGCGUCGGCCUUGAGCCCGCACGGAGGUCCAUCGCGCAGCACUUAUCCCAUGAUUUGCCAUACGAAUUAUCACCAGAUGAUGUCUACCUCACAAGUGGCUGCGCUCAAGCAAUUGAGAUAAUCUGCUCUGUGUUAGCUCGUCCUGGUGCCAACAUAUUGCUUCCAAGGCCUGGCUAUGGGUUCUAUGAGGCGCGCGCUGUCUUCAAUGGCAUGGAAGCCCGAUACUUUGAUCUUCUACCUGGAAAAGACUGGGAGGUUGACAUCGAUAGCGUCCAAGCUAAUGCUAACAAGAACACCGUUGCCAUGGUCAUUGUCAACUCAGGAAACCCUUGUGGCAAUGUGUACUCUUAUGAGCACCUAGCCAAGGUUGCUGAGACUGCACGGAAGCUUGGCAUAUUUGUUAUAACAGAUGAGGUAUAUGCACACUUGACAUUUGGAGAGAGGAAAUUUGUACCAAUGGGUGUGUUUGGGGCAGUGGCUCCAGUGUUCACACUGGGGUCCAUAUCAAAGAGAUGGGCCGUGCCUGGAUGGCGGCUUGGAUGGAUUGUUACCAAUGAUCCUAAUGGUGUAUUUCAGAAGACUAAGGUAGUUGACAGCAUCAAGAGCUACCUUGAUAUCUCCACUGAUCCUCCAACAUUUGUCCUGGGAGCAAUUCCAAACCUCCUGCAGAACACAAAGGAUGAAUUCUUAAACAAAACCACCAAAAUUUUAAGAGAAACUGCAGAUAUAACCUGGGAGAAGCUGAAAGGAAUCAAUGCGAUCACAUACCCGAGCAAACCUGAGGGUUCCAUGUUUUUAAUGGUUAAACUGGAUUUAUCCUGCCUGCAAGACAUCAAAGAUGACAUGAACUUCUGCUGCCGACUUGCAAAAGAAGAAUUAGUGGCUAUUCUGCCUGGGUGCACUGUUGGAUACAAGAAUUGGCUGUUGGAUCACUGUUUACCUCUGUAA